GUGUGUGGGGUAAGGCUGUGGACUCACUGCGUCCCCUGACUACAGGGUUGAGUCCUGGCCGGGGUAAGUUAGCAGUGCUGUCUCGCUCUAACGUCCCCGUGUUCGACCAAACAGUCAGACUCCCGCUGUAGGCUGCACAUCCAGGGGGUGGAGAAUUUUGGGCUGAACAGAAUCAUGGACAUUUGGGUUCUGAUGCAGCCAGAAAACAACCGCUCUCGAGGCAUCAAGGACAGCUUCAUCCGUAGGUUCACCCAGCAGAGUCUGGGGGGCUACUUUGGACUGAAGAGUUACGCUAAAAAAACAGAGGACCGUGAGUUGGAGGGCAAACUCUCCAUGGUGGAGAAAUACAACAGCCGCAUCCCUGAGCUGGUGGAACGCCUCUACGGCUGCACAGAGAGAGAGGCCCAACACGCAGAUUUUAUCCUGGGGACAGUCCAUAAGUCAAAGGGUCUGGAGUUUGACACGGUGGUGAUCACUGGUGACUUUGCUAAGGUCCCCUGUGCCGCCCACAACUUACCCAGACUUUCCAGCUGCUCAGGAGGUGACGUCCCAGACGAUGAGUGGAACUUGCUGUAUGUGGCGGUGACUCGGGCCAAGAGCUCUCUGGUCAUCACCAAGAACAUCACCAACAUCCUCACACUGGCUGGGGAGUACUUCCUGAGGACAGAGUUGACCAGCGCCCUGCUGACCGAGGGACAGCCCCCAUGCUGCUCCGUGCGGGAGUGUCAUAACCACAUCAUGCCCGUCUGGCCCCUCGCCAUGUGCAAGCUGCCACUCCAAUACCAGGGACAGGGAAGAUGGUUAAAAUUGAUGGGAAGAUGGAUGGAGCCAAUUACAGGACCAUUCUGGAAGAAAACCUGAUGGAGUCUGCAAAAGACCUGAGACUGGGACGGAGAUUUGUCUUCCAACAAGACCAUGAUCCAAAACAUAAAGCAAAAUCUACAAUGGAAUGGUUCAAAAAGAAACAUAUCCAGGUGUUAGAAUGGCCAAGUCAAAGUCCAGACCUGAAUCCAAUAGAGAAUCUGUGGAAAGAACUGAAAACUGCUGUUCACAAAUGCUCUCCAUCCAACCUCACUGAGCUCGAGCUGUUUUGCAAGGAGGAAUGGGAAAAAAUGUCAGUCUCUCGAUGUGCAAAACUGAUAGAGACAUACCCCAAGCGACUUACAGCUGUAAUCGCAGCAAAAGGUGGCGCUACAAAGUAUUAACUUAAGGGGG